AUGCGUUCUUCCUCGCCCGCGGCCGUUUCCGGCCAUGUCCGCCGCUCAGACAGAAAGCGCAGGGAGCCUCCGCCUUUCCCUGCCCAGCAGAUGUUUGUUCUAGCAUGCUGCAGAAUAUGCGAACCAAUCGCCUUCAUGUCCAUUUUCCCCUACAUUUACUACAUGAUUCAGGACUUUCACAUCACCGACGAUCCUAGUAAAAUUUCAGUCUACGCUGGCAUGGUUACCUCUGCCUUUACAUUGGCCGAAUUCGCUACCGGUGUCUUCUGGGGUCGUCUAAGCGAUAGGAUCGGUCGGAAGCCGGUUCUUCUAAGUGGUCUCGCUGGUACUGCUAUCAGCGUUCUUAUUUUCGGCUUUGCUCCCAAUCUUCCAGUUGCACUCUUUGCUCGAGCCCUGGGUGGCCUUCUCAACGGCAACAUUGGUGUGCUUCAGACAACAGUCGCUGAACUCGUGACGGUCAAGGAACAGCAACCUCGGGCUUAUACCAUCAUGCCUAUGGUUUGGUGUAUUGGAUCAAUCGUCGGCCCUAUGAUUGGUGGUGCACUUGCACGACCAUGCAUCAGUUAUCCCGAGCUAUUUGCACGGGGCACGGUCUGGGAUCGUUACCCCUACCUGCUGCCUAAUCUCUUUAGUGCCAUUACCGUCCUCUUUGGUGUAAUCAUUGGUCUACUCUUUCUCGAUGAAACGCACGCCAAGAAGAAGCUCCAGCGCGACUGCUGUCGCGAGAUGGGAGACAAGAUUGCAGCCUUCUUCAGCCGCGUCCGAAGCUGCAAGGGUCGCACCCAAGAGAAGCAGAGCCUCCUUCAUGACUCGGCACCCUCUGGAUACAGCUCUAUCUCGUCCCGGACGCCUUCUCUUCUCGAGGACGACGAACCCCUACCAAGCUACAAAAGUCGGGAGAGCUCCCCCAAGCUCAGCCCAAGCAAGGCUCUGGGAUCGCCUGUUGUCAAUAGAGUUGAGCCGGCGCCGAAGCCAAAGACAAAAACUUUCACGCGACCCGUGAUUAUGAACAUCAUGUCUUAUGGCAUCCUUGCGUUCCACACCAUGACAUUCGACCAGCUCUUCCCGGUAUUCCUCAGCACCUCGCCGCCCGAUCACCCUGUCCAGAAGCUUCCCUUUAAAUUCGUGGAUGGAUUCGGCCUCGACACGAAGACGAUUGGCGUCAUCAUGUCCGUCCAGGGCCUCUACUCGCUCUUCUCCAACUACCUCGUCGUCGCACCCGUCACACGCCGCCUGGGAUCCCUCCGCCUCUUUCGGCUCAUUGCGUUCUCAUACUUCUCCCUAUACCUGGUGACGCCCUACCUCGUGCUGCUGCCCGAGAGCAUGCGAAUGCCGGCCAUCUACCUGCUCGUCAUCUGGAAGUGCACCUUUGCGACCAUGGCGUAUCCCAGCAACGCGAUCCUCCUCGCCAACUCGGCGCCGUCCAAGGAGGUUCUGGGCACGAUCAACGGCAUCGCCGCCUCGACCGCCAGCCUGUGCCGCGCGCUCGGCCCCACGGUUUCUGGAUUCCUGUACGCCCUCGGCCUCCAGACCGGCUACUCUGGUCUCGCUUGGUGGUUCAGCGGUGCCACCACUCUUGUCGGCGCCUACCUCAGCUCUCAAAUCACCGAGGGUGGCUACAAAUCUGCAGUGUCCGAGGAAGAGGAAGAGCCUCUCCUCGACUCAAUGAUGGAUGAGUACGACGAGCAUCAGCGCGUAUAA